AUGGCCUCGUCAGACUGCUCCAAACCCCCCUCGACCCAAAGCGUCCCGUUCAAAUCCAAGGGAAUGGACGAUAUAUCACAUGUUCUGGACCCAGAUGGGGAUGUGAUCAUAGUUCUGGAGAAAUCAACCGAGAAUCGGCCUACAGACGCGUCGUCGAAUGACUCUCCUGACAAUGAACCGAAGGAAGAGGACCCUGAAGAAAAACCCCAGGGUAUACGGAUCAGAGUGUCCUCAAAGCAUUUGGCCCUAGCCUCCCCAUACUUCAAACGCAUGCUGGGACCCAAUUGGGAAGAAGGCAAAUCUCUUCGUGCCACUGGCACCACAUCCAUCACUGCAACCGAUUUUGAUUUGGAUGCUCUGCUCGUGGUGUUGAACGCUAUGCAUGGCCGUCAGGAUCACCUUCCUCGGAAGUUGAGCCUUGAAAUGCUUGCUAACGUCGCCGUUGUUGUCGACUACUAUCAAUGCCACGGCGUCGUUGACAUGGCCAAGGAACUGUGGAUCAAUAAUUUAAAACCAUCUUUUCCCACGACAUAUACAGAAAAUGCCACACUGUGGAUAUGGGUGGCUUGGGUUUUUUCGGCGGCAGAAGAAUUUGAGUCAGCUACCACACUCGCCAUUCGACAAUGCCCAGGACCCUUCAGUCCCUUGGGCUUUCCUAUACCUAGUGUCGUGAUCACUCUCCGCUCACACCUAAUUUCUCAAGAUGAAUUAAGCAAGAAAAUCGAGGCCGCCAUAGACAUUAUCCACACAUCUCUUGAUAGGCUCCUCAUACGCUUUCGUGAUGAGGGGACUGCAUGUUCUUUUAACUGCAAUGUUAUGUUAUUUGGUCUGCUCAGCUUUGCCAUGCACAAGAGACGCCUCAUCAAGGAUAGCGGAACUCUUAUGGUCCGGGCAACCUCGAUUUAUUGCCAUUCAAGAAGAAAAACAUUUCAAAAUAUGAUUGAAGCGCUUCGGGAGAUCGAAUCCGAGGAACCAAGAGUUCCUCGCCUCCACGAUUCAUAUGAGAGCAGUAAAUCCCGCUGUGGCCUCCGAGGCUACAUUAAUUCACUCAUUGACGACGUAGAAGGAAAGAUAGCAGGAUUGAGUUUGAGCGCUUUUCAAUAA